AGAGGGGCUGGAGAGAGACGGUGAAAUCAGACGGAUACAGCACGCGCUCUCUUCUUUUUAUCCAUCUAUUCGACCAUCACCCCACCUUUAGUCGCAGUGGAUCGUGUUUUCAAUGACAGAGCCGCAUAUAUCCUGGCCAUUGGAUGAAGUUGGAGUUUUCUUCACAAUGUGACCGUUCCCAGUGAGCGAGUGCUUUUCCCCUGUUGGAUUUGGAGUAACCUUAAUCGAUAUAAGAAAGCCCAUCAGAAUGGGCAAACUUCAGUCGAAACAUGCGUGUAAGCGCAGAGAAAACCCCGAAGGUGAUAGUUUUGUGGUGAACGCCUUCCUGAGGAGAGGGAUGGAGGAGUGUGAGCGCUACAGCGCAUCGGAUCACAAGUUGAAGACCAUGCAGGAGUUUCCAAACGGAGAGCUGAAGGAGGGGCAGUUCAUUGAUCAACACUGUCCCCUAGAGGUGGUUCUUCCUCCUGAGAAAGGCGAGGGCUGUGAGAGUUACCUGCAGUACAUGCACACAGAGGAUGGAGAACGGGAGAUGAUCCGAGACGCCACCAAAGCACCGGGCAAGAAACGCAUCAGCCUGGAUGACAUGGAGUGUGAUGUGUCUGUGGAGGAUGAUAACAGACAAGAGUGGGUCUUCACACUGUACGACUUUGACAACAGCGGCAAAGUUACCAAGGAGGACAUGUCCAGUCUCAUGCACACCAUAUAUGACGUGGUGGAUGCUUCUGUCAAUAAUUCUUACCACAACAAGAGCAAGACACUGCGAGUGAAGUUGACAGUCACUCCAGAACCCAGGAGUCAACGGAGAGAAACAGCAACAGAACGGAGUCACCAGGAGGAGGGCCGAUCUGCUGACAAGAGACACUCAACAUAUAUAAGCAGAGGGCAGGCCAGCGAGGCUCCAGCUGCAGAAGGACAGCAUUACUGUGUGGAUGAAAACACAGAGAGAAGGAAUCACUACCUGGACCUGGCUGGGAUCGAAAACUACACCUCAAGAUUUGAAGGAACCCCCACCGCUGUUCCCCCUCAGGACCCCCACACUAGAAACUCCCACAGCCAAAGUCGCUCCAGGUCCCAUGAACCAGAGACACAAGUGGCUCACCAGCGCCGCUCGCAGCUCAUCAGCGACAACUACAACCCUGCAGAUUUCCGAGGCAAAGGAGGCACACAGUUUGUCAAAUCUCCCAAAGGAAAUUACAAGGGGAAUAACAACAGCGGAGGCAGCAAAAUGGCUAAGUGCCACGGCCACCACACUGGGCAGGAUGUGUACCACCUGCCCCCUCAAGCUCAAAUCUCCAAUCAUCACCAGCAUCCGCUACAAUACAGCCACAGCAAGCGACUUCGAGCCAAAAACAGGGAGUCCCCAUCCAAAACGCCCCUCUCCCCUCAACCCCAGCACCCACAACACCCACAACACCCACAGCACCCACAGCACCCGCAAUACCCACAGCACCAACAGCACCCACAGCACCCCCAGCCUGCAGUCCCCUCUGUUCUGCCCAGUGCGGAGAGGGAACCAGGGAGUCCCGGAUUUGUGGUUCCCGUGGUCCAACGACAUGAGCAUCAUCAUCAUCAUGAACAUCAUCAUCAUCACCACUACCAUCAUUACCACCAGACAUGACUGCCUUAAUAUCAAUGAGAAUAGACCAAUUUCCAUAGAACAGACUGAGGAGUUCACUUCCCAUGGAGCGCAACAGUAGACAUGUUUUUUGGUUUUGGAAAAAUAAAUUCUCAUGACUUUUCCUUAUAUUUUUAAAAAUACAUAAAGUUUUGAGCAAUCUAAAUGAGAAUCAUGUAACUGUUUUGGGACUAUAUACAUCAACUUAUGGCUGAUUGGACAAAAUAUUUUGAAUGUCGUUAUAACAAAUAUUUGACUGACUUUUGUGCAUCUGCACGUCUAAAAUGUGCCUUCUGUGUUUGUAAAUAUAUGUUUAGUAUAUCUAAUUAUAUUUUGAAUGAAGAGUUUAAAGACAUACGACCAGCUAUGUGGUAACUAAUGAACAUAAUGUAAAUUCCUUUUCAAUUCCAAAAAAUAUUUACAUGUUCAAAAUACACUGAAAUGUUGCGGGUUUAUUACCUUUUUGAAAAUACAUUUUAAUCUAAACUAACUCGAAAAGCCCAUGGGAACAAAUAGGAGUUCCAUAAUCACAGACACUGCCCACUGUUGAGCUCCAUAGGAUCAGUCAGGAUUUUUAUAUUCCUAUCGUCAAGCUAUAUCUGGAUGUACGCUGGGAAUUAGUGAAGAUCAUAUAGCGUGAACCUGAACUCGAAGGAUGUUUAUGAAGCUAUUGUUGUGUAUUAAGUCUAUGUGGCACAGUUUGUAUGAAUUUCUGCUGGGACUGCAUCAUUAUUCACGUUAUUUUGAAAACCAGGAAGCUACCAAGCUAUACUUUUUUUUUUUUUUUUUUUUAAGUGGAACUAAACACUAGAUCAACUUUUUUUUCUACCAAAUUGCAUACAUUGCGUUUUAGGAGCGGCAUACAUCUACUGUUCCUAGUUAACUUUUUGCCAUUUCAGUGCAAACCGCAUUAAAGCUGAGAUACUUAAUUUUCACACCACAUAAGGAGGAGAUAUUUAAUCUGCCUAACUUGUCUGCAGUUCUAGGGUUAAUAUCCACAUGUAUUAAUUUUCUAACACAGGCUCGGCUGUAGAAAAGCUUUUUUCAGACAGCAAAGUGAAACUCACGUCGCCCACCCAAGCACAGCCAAUCAGAGCGCUGCUUUUGGCGCUUACUUCUGAAAUAAAAAUGCUUUAUUAUUAGCUGCAGACACAUCACAGUGCUCUAAUUUUGUCAUAGAGUUCUGCUUUUACAAUAUAGUCUUUGGGAUAAACAAAAAAUGUACUUCUUUACAAAAUCCUGCUCUUCUUCCCCCCUCACUCUCCUCUUUAGUCCUCCAGACCCCGCCCCUCACUCUCCCCUUUAAUCCACAAGGUACUGCCGACUGGAACAGCUCAGUUUGGAAUGUUGGUGUGAAAAAAUGUAAAAGUGACUAGACCGUACACACAAUGUACACAGUCUAGUAGCAAAAAAGUUAAGUGUUUUAGUUCCACUUUAAGGCUACUGGUUGACAAUCUUUGAAGCUAACUGUCAAACUAGAGGUUGUGUCGGUAGAUGGCACACAUUUCCAAAAACAUGGAUCUCAGGUGUAAAGGUGCUGCUGCUCCCGUGGUUACACAGGGGCUGGGUCUUUUUGGGACGGCCAACUGUGGACUGAGGGACGGGAUGGGGUUGAAAUCACCACUGCCAGUUUUAAUGCAAAAAUACCUUGCUAUAUGUAUAAAAAAUCUAUAUAUGUAAACACAUUUUACUGUAUAAUUAUACUGUAUAUGCAUAUUUCAUCAUGAAUAUAAUUAUGCAUAUUUGUAUUUUGUCUUUUAUAUAUUUUAAUAAACAUUAUAUAGUUAA